AUGGUCAACCUUCCAGAGCCCUUGGCCUCGAUUCCUCGCACGCCGCUCCUAUGGCCGUACCCCUCGCCGCUGCACUUGAUGCCGCACCUGACCGAGCACAUCCACGCCACGACCUCGUGCGGCACCGGCACGCGGUUCUGGGCCAAGCGGGAAGACUGCUCCUCGGGGCUGGGCUUGGGCGGCAACAAGAUACGGAAGCUCGAGUACAUAGUCCCCGAGGCGCUGCAGCUUGGGGCCACGACGCUCGUCACGACGGGUGGCGUGCAGAGCAACCACAUGCGGCAGGUCGUCGCGGUGGGCAACAGCCUGGGGAUGAAGACGGUGCUCGUGCCCCAGGAGGCUCAUCCGGUCAACGGCAGCGGCAACAGGGCAGGAAAAGGAACAGGAACAGCAAAUGGAGACGAGGACCUUUUCCUCCGACUGGGUAACGUACAAGUCAACCGCAUCCUAGGCGCCGAGGUCGUCUCGCAGCCCAGCGUGUCAAUGGAGCAGGUCGCCGCCGAGAUCAGAACCGCGGGCGGCGUGCCGUACAUCAUCUCGUCGGGAGCCUCGGCGCACGCCUAUGGCGGGCUCGGGUUUGCGCGGUGGGCGUUUGAGAUCGUCGAACAAGAGUCGCAGCUCGGCGUCUUCUUCGACGUCCUUGUCGCGCCCGUGGCGUCGGGGGGCACGGUCGCGGGCAUGAUUGCUGGCUUCAAGGCAGCCGACAAGGCCAAGAGGCAGCGUAGGAUCAUCGGCGUCGACACGUACGACAAACCCCCCGGCGAGCUGGAGGGCAAGAUCCUCGAGAUUGCCCAGCGCACGGCGGGUGUCCUCGGGCUCGGCAGGGACGCCGUCCAGGCAGGGGACGUGGUGCUGGACACGAGAUACAAUCGGGGCACGCACCGGGACUGGGACGAGAGGGCCGAGGCGGGCGUGCGAGAGCUGGGGAGCACAGAAGGGAUCGUAGCGGACCCGAUCUAUUCGGGUCGCGCGCUCGGGGCCAUCCUGGACAUGGCGGCAAGGGGCGAGCUGAACGACAAGAAUAACGUCUUGUUUGUGCACACGGGGGGACAGGCCGCUCUCGGGGCGUUUCCCAAGGUAGCGUCAGUCGUGUAG